CGUGCGCGCCGCCGUGCGCGCCGCCCGCGCUCCUGCAGCGGCGAAGCUGGCAGCCGGGGAGCCAAUUAGCGCUCCGCGAGGCAGCGGCUACUUCCUCGUCUGCCCGGCUGCGCGCUCUGGACAGCUCUGUCGGCCGCGGGGCGGGGCGGGGCACUUCGCCGAGCUGCUCUGCCUGCCUCUGCUCGUCCGGCUUCCCGGGGUGGACGCAGGUCCUUGAAGGCGCACCACUGCAAACCAGACAUAAAGAAACUCUGAGGCGCCCGGAGUGCCGGCUGGAGGGGCAUUCGGUUGGCUUUUCGUGCGUGGUCUUUAGAAUCAGCCGCUCCAGGAAGAGAGAUGUCGAAGCCGCCACCCAAACCGGUCAAACCAGGGCAAGUUAAAGUGUUCAGAGCUCUUUAUACGUUUGAACCCAGAACUCCAGAUGAAUUGUACUUUGAAGAAGGUGAUAUUAUCUACAUUACUGACAUGAGUGAUACCAAUUGGUGGAAAGGCACCUCCAAAGGCAGGACGGGACUAAUCCCAAGCAACUAUGUGGCUGAGCAGGCAGAAUCCAUUGACAAUCCAUUGCAUGAAGCUGCAAAAAGAGGCAACUUGAGUUGGUUGAGAGAGUGUUUGGACAACCGAGUAGGUGUUAAUGGCUUGGACAAAGCUGGAAGCACCGCCUUGUACUGGGCUUGUCACGGGGGUCACAAAGAUAUAGUGGAAGUGCUAUUUACUCAACCAAACAUUGAACUGAACCAACAGAACAAGUUGGGAGACACAGCUUUGCAUGCUGCUGCCUGGAAGGGUUAUGCAGAUAUUGUCCAGUUGCUUCUGGCAAAAGGUGCUAGAACAGACUUAAGAAACAAUGAGAAGAAGCUGGCCCUGGACAUGGCUACUAAUGCUGCCUGUGCAUCUCUCCUGAAAAAGAAACAGGGAACAGAUGCAGUCCGAACAUUAAGCAAUGCCGAGGACUAUCUUGAUGAUGAAGACUCAGAUUAAUUCCUUUCCAGAGCUUUGAGAUCUAAAACUUGUGUUGCUUUUGCCAUUUCAAAACCUUGUCUUUGCCAGAAGAGUGUUGGUAACUGUAAAAAAAGAAAAAAAAAGUCUAUAUGAACGAGGCAGUAUUGCACUGUUUGAAUAAAACAUGUAAAUGAAUAGGUCUCACCUUCAGUUUGCCAAUAAGUGACUGGAUAUUUUGCUGUAUAAAGUACAUUUUUGUUCACCAGAGUAGAACAAGAAGAGAUUAUUUAUCAAGCUUAAAAGAAUUUUACGAAAUUUUUUCUUUAAAAAAAUCGGGAUUUUUUUUUUUUAAGUUCUUUACCUCAAGGAUUGAGAUAUUUUGAAUGGAUUUUUCAAGGGGGGAAUGCUUAUUAUAAUAAUAAACUGAAAGACUUAAUAGAAAAUCGUCAGCUAUUCUGACAAAAAUAAACAUUUUAAGAGACUUUAUUUCCUUUGUUUUGUGGUAUCACUCUUUGCUGGUAAAUAAAUAAAGCUUUUUAUAUUUAUAUUUA